GUCAAUUGAUGGUGGAAACAACAGCGUUGUUUUAAGUCAGUGCUCCGGGUGAUUCUAAGUGAGGCCACAGUUAAGUAGAAAGGCUUCCUUUUAAUUUCUGAGAAUUGAGAGCAGGCUUCGCCUUAGGAGGGGUAAUGGUCUCCACUACCCGAGUCAGGAGGGUUAGGGCCACAGCACACGGGGCCUAGGCUGUAGCUGAAUCUGUGAGCAUCUGGGGGAGGGGAGGGCCCUGGAAGCAGAGAAGGAAAAAUCAGUUCCUGAUUUCCAACUGGGAGUUCACAGCUUCUCAACAGCUCCACACCCAAAGGACUAGGAAGUUGGGCUUUUUGUGCAUUUCAAAGUCCUGCCUGCAGGGGAGCAGUUUAUAGGUGGAGAGACUUGGCUGCCUUUAAAGGUGUGUUCUCCUGAUGCAGCUGGGACUCCUCCACGGAGAUCUUGUGAGAGAGCUCGCUAGAGGCCGAGGUGGACGGAGCAGAGAUGGCGGGGUCUCAGGGGCUGCUGACAUUCAGGGAUGUGGCCAUAGAAUUCUCUCAGGCGGAGUGGGGAUGCCUGAACCACACUCAGCGGGAACUGUACAGGGAUGUGAUGUUAGAGAACUAUGGAAACCUUCUCUUCUUGGGCCUCAUUGUGUCAAAGCCAGACCUGGUCUCCUUUUUGGAGCAAAAGAAGGAGCCUUGGAGCGUGAAGAGAAAGAAGAGAGUAACCAUCCAUCCAGCCGUAUCCUCUCAUGACACACAGAGCUUGCUGUCAAAGCCAAGUAUCGAAGCUUCUUUCCAAACAGUGUCAAUGGGUAGAUUAAAAAAUAAUGCCAUUGAGAAUUUACACUUCAUGACAGACUGGGACAAUGAUGGAGAGAGUGAAUGGCAUCAAACGCAUCAUGAAGGACACAACCAUAUUAAGAUAUCUGCGCAUAAUAAGAAUCUCCCUGCCCAAAAUGGUGAAGGAUAUAGAGCAUUUUCAGUAACCUCCCUUUUUAAGUAUGCUACUUCCACAAAGCAGUGUGUUUCUGAAAACAAAAGCUCAAAUCAAAUGUUCAAACUUACAUAUUUAGGGAACGAUGACAGUUUGGAAAAUCUGGGAAGUUACCUAGUCCAUCCUGAAAAUAAUUAUUUGAACCCUUGUGAAAAAAGAAUUGGAUUGACUAUUCAGUCAAAUAUUUCUACAAAUCAGAGAUUUAAAAAUGAAGAACAAAGUGCUAAACAGGAUCCAUUUGAGAGGUGUUUCACUAAGGAGUCGACCCUACAAAAUUACAAGAGCGUGUUCAAUGGAGACAGAGUUGCUCAAUGCAGUGAAUCUGAGAAAACAUUUAACCAGGGCUCCAAUGUUAGUCAAUGUGUGAGGACUCAGUUUCUAGGGAACCAUCAUGAGGGUAGUAAAUGUGGGGAAGUCUUUUAUCAAAACUCUAACCUUAGUACACAUAAUAGUAUGAAUAUAGGAGAGAAUCCUAAAAAUGAAUGUGAGAGUGCUCUUUACCAGUCCUCCAAUGUUGAUGAUCAACAGAGAAUUCAUGUGGGAAAAAACCCAUUCAGGUGUAAUCAACCUGGGAACAUGUUUUGUCAAGCAUCAAGGCUAAGUAUACAUAAGACAAUCCAUAGUGGAGAGAAAAGUGACAUUUGUAAGGAAUGUGGCAAAGAUUUUGACUUGGACUCAGUACUACCUCAACGUCACGGAAUGCGUACUGGAAAGGAACCGUACAAAUGUGAAGAAUGUGGUAAAACGUUUAAGGUCUGCUCAUCCCUAAAUAUACAUAGGCGAAUCCAUACUGGAGAGAAACCUUACAAAUGUGAAGAAUGUGGCAAGGACUUUAUCCAGCUCUCACACCUUAUUAAUCAUCAUAGAAUUCACACUGGAGAGAAACCUUAUAAAUGUAAAGAAUGUGGCAAGGCCUUUAAACGUAACUCAAGCCUUACAGAGCAUCACAGAAUUCAUACUGGAGAGAAACCUUACAAAUGUAAAGAAUGUGGCAAAGCCUUUAAGCAGCCUUCAAACCUCUCUAAACAUCACAGAAUUCAUAUUACAGGAGAACGUUACAAAUGUGAAGAAUGUGGCACAGCCUUUACACAUCACUCAUGCCUUACUCAACAUCACAGAAUUCAUACUGGUGAGAAACCUCACAAAUGUAAGGAAUGUGGCAAGGCCUUUAAUAAGCAUUCACAUCUUACUCAACAUCACAGAAUUCACACUGGAGAGAAACCUUACAAAUGUAAAGAAUGUGGCAAGGCCUUUAACCAGUAUUCAAGCCUUUCUAGCCAUCACAGAAUGCACACUGGAGAGAAACCUUACAAAUGUAAAGAAUGUGGCAAGGCCUUUAAACAUGUCUCUACCCUUACUCACCAUUACAGAAUUCAUACUGGAGAGAAACCUUACAAAUGUAAGGAAUGUGGCAAGGCCUUUAAUAAGCUUUCAUAUCUUACUCAACAUCACAGAAUUCACACUGGAGAGAAACCUUACAAAUGUAAAGAAUGUGGCAAGGCCUUUAACCAGCACUCACACCUUAUUAGUCAUCAUAGAAUUCACACUGGAGAGAAACCUUACAAAUGUGAAGAAUGUGGCAAGGCCUUUAACCACCAGUCAAAUCUUACUCAUCAUCACAGAAUUCAUACUGGAGAGAAACCUUACCAAUGUAAAGAAUGUGGUCGAGCCUUUAUCCAGCACUCACACCUUACUACUCAUCAUAGAAUUCAUACUAGAGAGAAACCUACAAAUGUAAAAAAUGUGGUGAGGACUUUAAUCACCUUUCAACCUUUACUCAUUAUCAAAGAAGUCAUACUAGAGCAAAGCUUCAAAGUUUUAGGAUUGUGAGAAAAAAAUUUUUUAAGUUCUUUUAAGCAACAAGAAACUAGACUUGAACGGAAAAUGAUCAAGAUUCUUUUCUUUUACAGUAAUUUAUCCCUUCUUUAAGACAGAUUGCCCUACAUCUAAAACUGUAUACAACAAAAUUAUAUAAGUAUUCCUUUAUUUUACAAUGAUAUGUGAAAAACAAAAAUUAUCCAAUCUAACAAGGUAUGCAAUGUUCUUUUAUAGUUGUUGUCAAACUGUGAGAGCAAAGUAACUCAUGGAAUGUAAAGGUAAGAGCUGAAUAAUCGCAGCAUUAAUGGAAAAGAGUACUUUCCCAGAACCACUUUUCCCCUCAUCCAAUUUCCUCUUGAUGUUGAUCAAACUGUACCAUUGGCCAUUUAGUUUUUUGUGUUUUUUUUUGUUUUGUUUUUUGUUUUUGUUUUUGUUUUUAAUCCGUAUGCUUGUGCAGAGACACAGUUAUCUUAUGUCCAAUAAAGGAAUGGGGAAGGAAAAAAUGAAAGAACAGAGGAAACCCCUUCUUGGUCUGGAGGAGCAAUGUUGUAAAGUAACAGGUUCCCUUUCUAGUAGAUACCUCUCUGGUGCUGGAACCCAUCAGUUGUAUCUUUCUCCUCCGUUUUCCAGCUGUGCAGGUGUGUCUUUUUCCUUUAUUGGAUGCACAUCAAAUCUUGUGACCUAUUGCAUUGACAAACCUUACUGUUCACAAUAGUUUUUCAUUAGUUUAUUAAAUGCGGUAUAUGCUUCUUCAUCUUUAACUGGACUACAAAGCAAUCCUGCCCCAUCACCUUUGAAUUAUUAUGAUCAUUGUUCUCAGUCUUGAUUCCUUCCCUGGGUAUUUCUUCGGCCAUUGAGAGUGGCAGCAUCUCCUCAGCUGCCUCUUCUCAGAACUAUCGGGUUCCCAACGACAGUACACAAAUAGCAGAAGUGGCAGAAGAAGCAACUAUGAGAGGAUUUGUAAGUAUUGCUCUACUCUUACUCCACAUUAGGUAAUUCAUUACAGAGAGUAAUGAAAUAUGUGUAAAGAAUGUGGGAAGGCCUUUCAACAAUGGCAAACCAUGAUUCCUGAUUAGAAAAUGUAUAGCGGAGAGGAUUUUACAGAUACCACAGAAUUGGCAAGCACACUAACCAGUACUCAAGCCUUAAAAUCUGAGGAAAAUCAUUACAACAUCAUUACAUCCAGAUAAACCUCUAAAUAGAAUGCUGGUGUUACUCAACAUCAUAGCUAUCAUACAGGAUAGAAACCAUAAAGUGUAAAAGUUGCAGUUCCUUUAACUGGAAUUCACUCCUGAGUCAAUAUCCCAAAAUGCGGGAUCCCUGGGUGGCACAGCGGUUUGGCGCCUGCCUUUGGCCCAGGGCGCGAUCCUGGAGACCCAGGAUCAAAUCCCAUGUUGGGCUUCUGGUGCAUGGAGCCUGCUUCUCCCUCUGCCUAUGUCUCUGCCUCUCUCUCUCUCUGUGUGUGACUACCAUAAAUAAUAAUAAUAAAAAAAAAUCCCAAAAUGUGUACUAGAUUCAAAACCUACAAAGAGAUGAAUGAGGAAAGACCUAGUUUUUAUAUAUAGACUUUAGAAAACAUCAGAGAUUACAGAAAGGAAAGUAAGUUGAAAGACAUAAAUUUUUAGAAAUGUACUUAUUGAACAUCAAAUGUCAAUAAGUGUCACAAAUCAAUAGAAAGCGAUAUAUAAGUUUCCCUUUUUAGACAGUACUCUACAUCAAAUACUUACAAGGGGGAUCCCUGGGUGGCGCAGCAGUUUGGCGCCUGCCUUUGGCCCAGGGCGCGAUCCUGGAGACCCGGGAUCGAGUCCCACGUCGGGCUCCCGGUGCAUGGGGCCUGCUUCUCCCUCUGCCUGUGUCUCUGCCUGUGUCUCUGCCUGUGUCUCUGCCUCUCUCUCUGUGUGUGACUAUCAUAAAUAAAAAAAAAAAAAAAAAAAAAAAAUCAAAUACUUACAAGGAAUAGUACAAAGUUAAAUGUGAGGAUAAUGUAUUAUGCUUCAAAAGAUACAAGGGAUGGAUUUCUGCAAAGGUACAAUUUCGAUUGCUUGUUUUAUACUGACCCUGUGUGAGCUUGGUGACUAGUACAUUUAAUGCAUUUUGUACUUUAGAAAAUUCAUGGAGGGAUCCCUGGGUGGCGCAGUGGUUUGGCGCCUGCCUUGGCCCAGGGCACGAUCCUGGAGACCCGGGAUCGAAUCCCAAGUUGGGCUCCCGGUGCAUGGAGCCUGCUUCUCCCUCUGCCUGUGUCUCUGCCUCUCUCUCUCUCUCUGUGUGUGACUAUCAUAAAUAAAUAAAAAUUUAAAAAAAAAUUAGAAAAUUCAUGGAUGCCUAGUUGGUAUAUGAAAUUAUAUGGCUGACUUGCUGCAUUAAAGAUGAGAUGCCCUUCUUCCUUAGGUGGGUCUCAUGCAGACCUCAUUUCCCAUUGAAGAUUAACAACAACAUGAAUUAGAAUAUAUGAAGAAAAUCUAAAUGGAGAUACUGUUCAUGGUUAUAACAUUAAGUUACCAUGAAAUAAGUUUUCACAAUAUCAUUCUCCAUUCAUUAAAAAUAAAAAACUUUGUGGAUAGUUUAAAUAAGAUGGUUUGCUAUUUGGUCUUUAAGGACAAUAAGGUGGCAGUCCUGUAAAAUACUGACAUAUCUUGAUAACAGCAAUGGUUAUAAGUUGAAUUCUCAACAUCAGGUGGUGUGGUUCCAAUGAGGAAAUCGGCACAGAUACCACAAAGAUAGUAGAUAAAUCUUCCCUACGAUGGCAUACAAAUGGAAAUUCGUAUUUCUUAAGAGUACUCUCAAUCCUGAAAAAGUUUUAUAUGGAAAUUAAACAGUUAAGAAGUUAAAAUCAACUGUUAAAAGAGGUCUUUCUUUAAGCCUCUUGGUAACCAGAAAGUAAAAACCUGUAGUCAAUACAUAAUAUAUAGGGAGAAAAUAAUUGAAGUAUACACCCACAGAAAAUCACCAAAUCACAAAGAUAAAUAGCAAUGAAGAAGAGAGCAAAUAUUUCUAAAACAGACAGGAAACGAAAGAAUGACAACAGUAACUCCAUACUUUAAUCUCUACUUGUUUAAAUAUAAAGGGACUAAAUUCUCCAAUUAAAAGGUAUGCCUGAAUGGAAAGAAAUAGAAGAGCCAAGUACAUUUUCCUUCAGCCUUAAGAACACACUCAGAAAGCGCAGGUGUGAAAAAAGAUAUACCAUGCAAAUAGAAACCAGAUGAAAUGAGGAUAGGUAUGCUUACAUCAAUCAAAGUAGACUUUAAGUCAAAGACUAGUAAGACACUGCACGGGUCAUUAUAAAAUAAAGGGGUUACAUCAUGCAGUGUUUUUAAUUAUGGUGCAUUUGGGAAAGAAAGAUUCCCCCAUUCUAGUUUUGGUAGGAUUCAAACAGUGUGUUUAUAACUCAUGUCAUACCCCUAUGAAAAACACUGUACUUUCCCAUAAAUUUUGGUGCUGUUUUUCCAGGUACAUCAAUUAUAGCUUAUGUAAUGUUUAUGAACAUCUAUAUCUCCUGUGUCCCCUAAAUGGCUAGUCAAUAGUCAAAAACCUACUCCUGUGCUUUGAGGUUGGGAAAAAGAGAACACUAAAUGACAAUUUGAGAAGGAGUUACUGCUUCCAGAUUUUGAUGUGUGUGGAAAAAUAUUGUUGCAAUGAUAAUCUUGGUAAUUACUGAAGAAGUAGCCAAUGGUUCAUUGAACCAACUAGUAUGGGCUAAUCAAUCUUUUCCCCACAGUAUUCAGUUUUCUAUCUCUGGCUAUUAUACAUUGCAGAUUUUUUCACAUGUAAUUUAAUUUACAUUCUCUGCUAUUUAAAGUCUCCAAAUAACUUACUUGUCCUUUCAGGUAGGUUAUUAUAAUACCCCUUUGUAAGAUUCCUGAUAUUAUUCCUGGGCAGCUAUUCUUUGUAUACAAUGUAAAUGAGAGGCUUUGUAUGGGUCACCUUUACAGUGCUUGUGAUUGUGGCUUUAGUUCAAGUUGGAUUCUUUCUGAAAUGUAUAUCUUCACAUAAGAAAAACCUUACAUUAUGCUUUGAUUUUUAGACUAACUACAUUACAUGUGACUAAAGUACACUAUAUGUGCAUUUAUUGAAAAUAAAACAUUUACUCAUUUAUUGUUGGCAAAAGCUGGCUAAGCACAUGUACCUAUGAGUUUGUAUUAAAGCUGUAGGUUUGUGUAUUUAUUUAGUGUCUGUAUUAAGAGGACAUUUACCUCUGAUUACUGCUUUUUGCUCCUUGAGCUACAUAAUACUGCUUGUGCUUACAUUGUGGUGUCAAUUUGGUCAAAGGUUGGAUACAUAGGAGUCACCUACUUUUAAAAACGAAUUUUAUUUGAUACAUAGUAAUCUUUCACAGUUUUUCAAAUCAAUAUAACCUACUUUCCCUGAAUAAAAUAAAAUGAAGGAGUUAAUUCGACAAACGCAUGUAAUCUUUAGAAUACUUAUGUACCCAACAUAAAAGUACCCAAAUAUAUAAGCAACAAUGAACAGACAAGAACAGAAAAAGAGACAGCAAUACAAGAGCAGGGGACUUCAAUUGUGCACCUUCAAUAUGGGACAAGAUAAUCAAGGAAGUACCAGACUCCAUGAUAUUUAGCAGAUUGACUUACACCAUUCCACCAACAGCAAAAAACACAUUGUUUUCACAUGCAUUCUCCAAUAUAAAUUUUAUAUUGGGUCACAAAACAAGUCUUAAUAAAUUUGAUUGAAAUCGUAUCAGGCAUCUUUUUCCUACGACAGUGCCAUGAAAGUGGAAGUCAAUUACAAGUACAAAACUAGAAAAAUUAUAAACAUAUGAAAAAUAAAUAACGUGCAAUAGCAUUACUCCUAAUAGCCAGGACCUGGAAAUGACUUGUGUCUCUUUUCAGAUGAGUAGAUAAUAUGGUGGAUAUAUAAAAUAUAUGUUGGCUAUAAUUAACAAUACUAUUUUGGCUAUCUGAAAAUUGCUAGAAAAUUCUUAUUAAUUCUUAUAACACACAAAAUUGUACACUGUGAGGUAAUGGAUGCUAACUAAAUUACUGUGGUAUAUGUUUUGCAAUAUAUAUAUGUUUUUUAUAUAUAUCAUAGUUAAAUUGUACACUUUUACUUAUAUAAUGUCAUGUCAAUAGUAGGUGAAGAAAACUGGAAAAACGUAAGCAGAUUAUUGAUUAGAUAUGAGGAUAAGAUGAGAGUGGUAACAGCUAAAGAGUGUGAAGUUUCUUAGGAGGUAAUGAAAUGUUCUAGAAUUGACAAUGGUUUGCUUAUACCUACAUGUGACUCAGUUAAAAAGCUAUCAAUUGUACACAUUAAGUGGAUAAAUUGUGUGGCAUGUAAGUUAUACCAAAUAAAGCUUUU